CUCUUUCUAUUUCUCUCGCUCUCUGUAAAAAAAGUUCAUUCCUUUUGAGAAACGUAGUCGUUGCUGCACGAGGACUUUUAUUUUGAACCACCGCCAUGUUUGAAUCAAUCUGGCGCUGAGUUCAAACACGUCUGUGUUUAUGUCCGUGUGAAACGAGUUAAAAUGGACAGAAUAAAGCAGUGAAUUAAAAAGAGGGGUAAUAAAGUUAUUUUGAGAUGAUGCUAAGGAGAGGAAGCAGCAGCAGCAGCAGCUCUAAAGUCUCAGCCAGACGCAGGAGCAGCCGUGUGGGAUUUGAUGAGUUCGGAUUCGCCUUCAGUAGGAGGAAAGAGAGGAAACUUCAGCACAGAUGUCAUGAUUACAGCUAUCCUCAGCUGAAUACAGUUAAAGUUAAAGAGCUGUGUGAACUGCUCAGCUACUGGAAUGGAUCCAGUUUCAUUUGCAAAAACCAGAUCGAACGCUAUAUCCGUAUCGGUAUUCCUCCAGCGCUGCGUGGCCGGGUGUGGAAGUGUCUGCUGGACGUCGAGACUGUCCGAGCAGCCAGUGAUUUCAGCUAUAAGGUGUGUCUGAGUGAGAUCAGGAAGCCUCUGGUGGACCUCGGCGUGAGCGAGUACAGCAUCAUAUCAGCCAUCAGCAUUCUGGGAGAGAGAGAGAACCAGCUGGGCUCGGCUGCUCCAGGCUCUCUCGGUGUCGACGUGCCUCUCUUCAGACAGAUCGCUCUGGACCUGCAGAGAUCUUUUCCGACCCACCGCUCUCUGAUGGGAGACACUCCUGAAGCCAUCGAGGGUCAGGCCAAGCUUUUCCGAGUGCUCACUGCGUACGCCAGAUAUAACCCUCGGAUUGGGUACAGCCAAGGGAUGUCGUACAUCGCCGCCGUCUUGCUCAUGCUUCUCACUGAGGAGGAAGCUUUCUGGGCUUUAGUGGUGCUGCUGGAAAAACCUAAAUACCUGUCUGAGCUGUUCGACUCCUCGCUGAAGAAGAUCCAACAUCAUGCGCUGGUGUUUCAGCAGUUGCUAAAACACAGGAAGCCUCAAGUAUUCCAGCAUCUGGAGAAACUGGGCGUGUCCUCUGUGCAUUUUAUAAUGCAGUGGUUUCUGACUCUCUUUACCUCUCUCCCAUGCUGGGACUCAGUGCUGGCAAUCUGGGAUCUCUUCCUGCUGCACGGCAUGGUGGUGGUGUUUCGUGCUGGUUUAACCAUCCUCCAGCUCCUGGAGUCUCGUCUCAUGAGUAUGGUGGAGGAGGCGGCUGUGCUGCCUGUUCUGCUGCGUGUUCCUGUAGAUGUCUCUCACUACAGUGUCCUGAUUCCAGCUUUAUGGAGUACUGAGGUGCAGGAGUGGGAGAUCAACUGCAUGAACAGUCUCAUCCUGGAGGAGACUGAUGAGGGUCAUGAUACAGACGAAGCCGAGCACAACGGUCCCGUUCCUCUGAGCUGUGAAGAACAGAGCGAGCGAAGCGCUGAUGAGAACAUUACUGAACCUUCUGGAAAAGAGGCUGUAGGUACAAGUGGGAGGAAUGUGUUCUCACGCAUGCUGAAAGCAGCACAGCGCUACCUGGCAGACACGAGCAAGCAGAAUAGGACAAUUUCCUCUCCUGGUAAAAGCAGCCCAGGUUCAGCUCUGGUGCCAAAGAGGAGAUCGUCUGCUUCCUUCAGCCUGACCCGGAGAAAGAAGGGCCAAAGCAGACAAUCCCAGAAUGCAUCUGUGCCUAGAAAGGGACAAUUUACCCUUCAGGAUGGUGAUGGAAGUGCCACAGAGAACAGCUCCUCGAUGCCCCUCCGGAGGCUGCGUUCGGGUCCCGUGGGUCGUGUCGCUCGCAGGCGCAGCGUCCAAUCCACCUGGGUCCGAUCUCUCCUGCAUCAGACUCCCAGAUGUACGGCCCAGAGUGCCACCGUGGCCGGUGCGGAGCUCCACGAAGCCUCACACAGGAACUCGUCUCCGGGACACACCCCUCCGAUCCACGAGAUCGGCGUCGGUUCCGGUCCGAGCCUGGGGAUCCGAGAGUCUCGGCUGAUCUGAAGGACACGGAGAAGUAGAACCGUCUUUACUGUUUAUACGAAAUCAUAUAAUAUUAGAGCUAUUAGAACAAUCUUAGAGCUAUCAACACUACACGCUAACAAAAUGAAAUAUUUCUCCCAACACUCGAUGCCCAUAUCGUUUUUUUUAUGCGUCUUGUUAGAUUUUCUGCUUAAUGUCUGAUGAACUUUUGGAGUUAUUUGAGAUAAUAAAAUAUGAACGAAACACUUUA